CGUACCAUGCAGAGCUUCUUCGGUCGCGGCAACAGGAACCAGAGGACAUUCCGGCCCAAGAAGAGUGCUCCAGCGGGGGACAAGAAAAAUGAAGCUCAGUUACCAAGUUGACCACCCUAAAAAUUUGGACUGUAAUACACAGGGCAUGAAGCUGAAGAGGCACAUCGACGCCACCUUCGGCAGCGGUAACCUGCGAGAGGUGGUCCGCCUGCCUGUCGGAGAGGAUCUCAACGAAUGGCUCGCUGUCAACACUGUCGACUUCUUCAACCAAGUGAACAUCCUGUACGGCACCCUCAUGGAGUUCUGCACGCCGGCUACCUGCCCCACCAUGUCAGCCGGUCCAAAGUAUGAGUACAGGUGGGCCGAUGGAGUCAAGAUCAAGAGGCCUAUUGAAGUGUGCGCACCAAAGUAUGUCGAGUACCUGAUGGAUUGGAUCGAAUCCCAGCUCGACGAAGAAUCCAUCUUCCCUCAAAAGCUUGGGGCUCCCUUCCCUCCAAACUUCCGGGACGUCAUCAAGACGAUCUUCAAGCGGCUGUUCAGGGUGUAUGCGCACAUAUACCACUCGCAUUUCCAGAUGAUUCUCAAGCUCCAGGAAGAAGCACAUCUCAACACCUGCUUCAAGCACUUCAUGCUCUUUACAUGGGAAUUUCAGUUAAUUGACAGGGCAGAGCUAGCUCCUCUCAGGGAGCUGAUCGAGUCCAUACUAGUGGGACACUAGCUGAGAAGACAAUUGAAGCUUUGAUUAAAGAACUGAUGAGGCAAAAGCACAAAGAUAUCAUUUUUCUUUUGACGUUUAAGUUAGUUAGUUUCCCCAGCUUGUUCAUGCGCACAAUUGCGCUUGUCUUUUUGUGAUGAUGUUAGACUUGGGUAUGGACUACGUUCAUCUACAUUUUAGAGAUAGGUUAGCCAGUGCUCGUGUAUGUACUCAGAUUCUCCCAAGCAGGUGUUGAUUGCAUCAUGGCAAUCACUGCUCCAGAGCAAUUUGUUAAUUUCAA